AUGCGUCCCGACGCUAUUUCUGCUAUUACAGCCUUCCUGGCUGUAGGCGGCCUCCAGCUUGUGGCAGCUCAAGAUGCCCCUGAAGCGCACGUGGAGCGCCCGCGCUACUACUUCCCGCGCGACGUCAAGCGAACCGUUCGUAACGCCCGCCGAGACGCUGAUUUCGACCCUGCCUCGUUCCUAAAUGGCGUCCUCGAUAAGUUCGAUUCUACCAAAGGCUCCUUCGGGGGACCCGCGCCCACUUCCAACUCUGAGAGCUCGACCGCUGCUGCGCCCCAGAAGGGACAAGAAGUUGUCGUUGUUACCAUCUCGGUUGACCCUAAGAACCCCGAGAUCACCCACCGCAUUACCGGUACUACAACCAUCGGCGGAGAGCCAACUGCUACCCUGACCCAGACUACUCAGAAGACCGAGGGCGCAAGCACGGUCAACACCAAUAAGGGCUCAGAGGCCGCUUCUGCCGAUGCGGGGUCUACGAGCAAGGACAAGCCUGUCGACUCAUCAGUCAAGGUCCCGACAACGCCUGCUUCCACUACAACCUCUAGCAAGAAUAUCCUUGGUGAUUUGGGCUCCGAUUUGGGCGCCAUCUUCAAGGGCGACUCGACCACCGCCUCCACAUCGACUGGAACCCCCACUUCCGCUUCAGCGGCAAAGGUAUCCUCGCCUGCUUCUACCGAGUCUAGCACGUCAUCCAACAACGGCUUAUUGGACGGUCUGGGCUCUGGCUUGAGUGGACUCUUCAGCCAUUCGACCACCAGCAGCUCCGCCUCUGCGGCAUCCACCGGCGCCUCUAGUGUCAACACCCAGAUCAGCAGCCCGAGCACCACCACCACAAGCUCAGGCACCACUGCUUCUCAAGCUACCAUUCCAGUCAGCGUUCCUGCUUCUGCCACCAGCCCCGCGUCGACCGCCGCCACCGCUACGGCUUCUUCGACUUCCGGUGACUUGUUCGAUGGUAUCAAGUCCGGUGUGGAUUCUUUGCUUGGUAUCUCGACAGGCACAAGCACUGGUAGCUCUGCUCUUAUUCCCACCGCUAAAUUGCCUAAUGGUAGCCUUCUGCCAUCUAAGUCUACUGGACUCAUUCCUACUAACCCCGGUGCCAUUCCCACCCCGACGAACUCCCUUGGAUUGGUCCCCGUCCCGCACUCGCCCGGCUCGGACUCUACCUCCACUUCUACGUCUGGCUCGGACUCCGCCUCUAGUUCUCACGACAUGCCGAAGGUUCCCACGCCCACCUCCCGCCCAGCCUCCGUCCCCCUUUCGGCGACCACGACAGAGGUGAGCUCAACCAAGACCUUGGAUCACCCGACCGAGACGAAGUCACCCACCACAUCCGAUGACAACAACUGGAUGCCAUCGACCAUCUUGAUCAUGCCUACCGUCACUGCUACCGAGACCUCGACCUCUGGCGAGACCGAGCAGCCUAAGCCAACCGCACUGCCUGGAUCUAUCACCCCAUCCAACGAUGUCUCCGAGGCUCCUGCCGACUCCGUACUGCUUCAGCUUGGAUUCAACAACCAACUGCCCUGGUCGUUCGUGGCAACCACCCCCUUGUCGUCGUCGCAGAUCUUCAACUACACCCCUCAGGCUAUUGGGUUUGCUCUGCCAACACUGUCUGCCAAGGAAUCUCCAGUUAUGUUUGCUCUUGAGCCUUACUACAACUGGCAGGCCACCGGCUACAAUGCUACCCUCGCCAUCUUCUACUUCCCUCGCGACAAGGUCGAUGCUCUCCGAGCCCUCAAGAUCAACCCUAACUCUGCUCUCUACAAUCAGAAGAGCGAGUCUAUCCAGUCCUUGAUGUCCAUGGUUGAUUCCACGAUCCCUCUCGAGUUCUCUGGAAACUACCCUAGUGGUAAGACCGACUCGACUGACGGCCAUGGCGACGGCGGCAGCACUGAUGACUCGGAUGGUGGCAACAACAACAACGGCGAUGGUUCUGCUGGCAGCUCCAAGGCUAAGGCCAGCUCUGUUGGUAUCGGAGUCGGUGUUGUAGCUGGUGCCGCCGCUUACGGUGCUGGUAUGUUCUGGGUUGCCCGCCGCUACCGCAAGAGAAAGCAACUGCACCAGCGCUCCUCCUCCACUGUCGAGCAGAUGAGCCAAGGAGGCUCUGCUGCUGGUUCGCUGUUCGCUGCCGGUGGCCGCGCCCCCAGCCACGGUAGCCGCGGAACCGCUCGCUCGCAGAUGAUCAGCGCUCCCGUCAUGGCGGAGAACUCUUUGGGAUGGAACUAA